AUGUCGAAGGUGCACGUAGCCACCUCCUCGCCUCGGCUGCGCCGCUUCCUCCACGAGCGCAAGCUGGACCGCCUGAGCAGCCUCCUAGCCGAGCGCGGGCUGCUGCAGGGCGAGUGGCUCGCCGAGCACGCCGCGAUGCAGCUCUCCGAGAGCUCUCGCUGUGCUUCAGAGCCGCGCUGGGUCGCGUGGCGCUCUCCCUGCCGCAGCGACGACGCGGCCGACGGCGGCAGCAGCCCACGCAUCGUCCUGCUCUGGGCCGAGGACGCGCGGGCAGCCCGCCGGGCGGUGCUCGCUCUCGACUUGCGGCGCGCCUGCCCGGUCCGGGUGCUGCUGCCUCGUGGCCACCUCGAGGAGCUCUCGCGGCUGCUGCUCGGGCUCGACCCUGCGGCGACGGUGGAGGCGGAGCUCGAGGGCGGGCGCGGCGAGGGCGGCGCGGUGCGGUACGCGCUCGUGGUGCAGGCCUGCGUCGACGACGGGCACAAUGUCAGCUGGGGCGGGGCGGUCGACAGGUACACCGGAGUGCCGGACCUCUUGCGCGCCAUCCGGGCGUCUUGCGCGUGCUGUUGA